AUGGCAACAAACCGACCCACGACGCGACGAAGGAGCGCAAGACAAGCCUUCGACGACGAUGAUGCGCCGGCGCCGACGACCAAACGAGCAAAGGCGGACGUGAAUGGGACGAGCAAAAAGGCGACUGCUGCGCCAAAGAAGACAGCAAAGGCAGCUGCAUACGACGAGGACGAUGAUGGCUUCCAAUUUUCGCGUCGCACGUCGUCGCGAAGGACUACCAAGGCACAGGCUGUGCUGGCACCAGAACCAAUACCCGAGGACGAACCAGCAACAUUCGCGCGCGCUGCCGAAGCGCAACCGGCCAAAUCUACUGCGCGGCGGAAGAAACAGUCAAUCGCGGCAGCCGAUCCGGAAUCCUCAGACUCGGGAAAGCGUCGGCGUUCAGCGCGCAUAUCUGGUGACAGUAGGCAGCUGGAAGUGCGACCAAAGUCUACAGAACCUCCACCGGCGAAAUCACGAACAAAGAAGACCGCGCCCGUAGAGAAGGAAAGGAAGAAGCAGAUCACACCAGCUCCUGAAGCACAGCCAGAGCCUAAGAGCGCGUAUGCAGGCGUGCAAACACCGACACACAACAAGAUACAAGUCGCAAAGAAGCGCGAUCCCAACGCUCAAAAGAUCAUGCUGCCCUUUGCGGACACCCCAGUUAUUACGAGGAACAAAGAGAUGCGGAAAGGCGGCAACAAAGAUGGCGCCCCCUGGGGAUCGGUGGAUACUAACACUUCCGCAGCGCUACCGCACUCAGAAGUCGAAGUUCGAGAUUUCUACAAAUAUAUCGAGCAGAGCCUACCCGAACCACGACGGAUGAAGCAGCUCUUGACAUGGUGCGGAUCGCGAGCUUUACCAGCAAAACCAUCAGGCGACGUGAAGAACGCGAAUGCGAUUAUGGCUGCGCGAGCUAUUCAACAAGAACUCAUAGACGAUUUCGCAAGCAAACCCGAGCUUUCCGACUGGUUCAGCAGGGAAGAAGUAGCCCCACCACCUGUGGUUAAGAAGCCGAAUCCUCAGAACGAGAAGAACAAAGCCACAUUGGAGGAAUUGGAGGAGGAAGUCAAGCGCCUCGAAGAAGAGAAAGCCGCAUGGGAAGCCAUUGCAUCAGCUUCGAAAACCAAGCCCCCGCCACCCGCGCCCUCAAUACCGACAUCAACACCUACACUGUCCGAAAUCGACACGUCUCUCCUCGAUCCCGCCCAAGCCGCCAUACUUUCCUCCCUCCAGUCAUCACAAAUACAACCACCAACGUCAGCAUUCACAUUCACUUCGCCUACAGCACUACAAUCACAUCUCACGUACCUCGCCGACUCGCUAGAACCGCACAUCGACCUUUUCGCAGACGGCGUUCAUAAGAUCGAACAGUAUCGCGCAACGGCCGAACGGGUAGCGGAUCGCGUGCUGGGUACUGCGGCUAAGAGGUUGGAAGAGCGAGACCGGGAAGCGAAGGAAAGAGUGGGCACAGAAGGAAUUGGAGUCGGCGAUAUAUUGAGAGGCCUUGCUGGUGUACUUGGCGAGCACUAA